AGUCUCCAAUAAACGGAGAUGGUGGCACAGCGCUUUUGGCGUUUCCAUUUCAAGUCGAUGAUGGUCACAUCGAGGAAUUUCAAGGACUCACAGGCGACAAUGUCUUUUGGGAAAAUCCACAUUGUGACGAUUAUUCGGUUUCCUCCUCGCUGAUUGUAGGGCGCAACGUGCCUUCUUUCCCUUCGCAUCAAGUUUUUCAUUCCUAG